AUGUCGCCGGGGAGCAGCAAGACGACACAGUUGCAGCUGCCAGUGAGCUGCGAUCCUCCCGGACCUGCGAAUCCUCCUAAGCAGCUUGUAUGGAUUAUAUUUGGCAGUACAGGGCAUAUGGGGAGGAGCCUUGUGCGCUCCUGUCUAAACCAAGGCGACCUUGUUGUGGCAGUCGGACGAACCUUCGAAAAUACCCUGGAAUCGAUGCAGGGCUGGCAUGAGAACUGCCUUGGCACGCUCUGCGACGUCCGGGCACGAGAGUCGGUGGGAGAAGUAAUCGAAAAAGGGAUCAAGCACUUUGGGCGCGUCGACGUGAUCGCCAACUGCUCCGGAUAUGGGGUCAUCGGCGCAUGUGAGGACCAGGACGAGCACGAGGUCCGGAACCAGUUCGAGACGAACUUCAUGGGCACGUUGCAUAUUAUACAGUUGAGCCUGCCGUAUUUCAGAGAGCAGGGGGCGGGCAGAUAUCUCAUUUUUAGUUCGACGUCGGGGGCUCUGGGUGUACCGGGACUGGGACCUUAUUGUGCGACGAAAUAUGCGGUGGAGGGCUUGAUUGAGGCCAUGCUUUAUGAGAUCGAUUCGUUCAACAUCAAAGCUACGCUUGUGGAACCUGGUCUGGUAAGGAGAGAUGAACCGGAUUGGGACUCGAAUCCACUGCCUACCUGGGGGCACUUCUUGAUCAAGCCAGCAAGUGAGCCGUAUUCGCAAGCUACGUCGCCGGCUCUGCAUGCGAAGAGAAUGGUACAGUGGCUGGGGGACAAACAGCCUACUAGUGCUGUGAAGUGCGCGGAACUGGUUUGGCAGUUGGGACACUGCUCUUAUCCGCCGUUGAGAUUAUUGCUAGGAAGCUAUGCCAUCGAAAGCAUCCGAGAUCGCCUACGGUCUAUUAUUGAAGAGUUGGAGGAUUGGAAGCAUUUACAUUUCCCCGUUGCCCCUGAUGCACCUAUUACUGAAGAGAAGGAAGAAGAGGGAGAAGAUGCUGGGCGAACGGACACUGGCACGUGA